CGUCGAGCUCAUUCGAUGCUUCAAUGGAGACGUUCACACUUAAACCAAACUUCCUGGGAAAUAUUCUGGUGCGACUCGUCUCUUUCGUAGUUCUCGUUUUCCUCGCUCGUUUCGCUUACGUCUUCACUGUCAAAGGCGGCAAAUUAUGUAAUUCCAGCGACUUCUGCUUCUUGCCGGAAAGCUUAAACCCUAACUCCAUCUUCAUCUCCGGCGAGUUUCCGGAUGCCGGAACCGGUCUCCGGAACUAUUACUACUCCGUCUUCCAAGAUCUCAUCGCCGACGGCUUCCUUUCUCCUAAUUCCAAGUCUCUGUGCAUCGAGACACUAACCGGCCAAGACGUCGCGGCGUUGAUCGACGUCGGAGUUGUCGAUUCGAUCGGAAGUUUCAACAAAUCAUCUCCGCCGGUGAUUCGCUACGGUUAUCCUACACGUCAGCCGUUCGUUGAGAACACUUUCGAUUUUGAGUUCGCUGGCGACGGAGUUCUCGAAAAAUCGACGAAGCCAGUUGAGUUUGCUAAAGAAGUUUCUAGAACUCUAAAACCUGGUGGUUUUUUCGUUAUUCACACAAUAACGAAAGAUAAUUACAGUCUUGAUUCGUUGAUUCAAUUGUUCGAUUCUUUCAAAUUGAUCAGGUUACGUGAAAUUGACGGUUUUGACACGUGGCAGCCUUUGAUUCGCGAAGUUAUUUUCGAAAAAGUAAAGGUGACAGGAUUGGAACCUAUGGCUCGAUGUAACAAAAAUAGGUGUAUUGAUUUCGAGAAAAUGAGUAAUGACUGUGUUAUUUCAGGGUAUAAAAGAGAAUUAAUUCGAAAAUUGGAGCCUUUAAUUGAGGAAGAGCCAAUAAAACCAUGGAUAACAUUGAAGAGGAAUUUUAGGAAUGUUAAGUAUUUGUCUUCAAUGGUUGAUAUAAGCUUUAAAAAUAGGUACAUUUAUGUUGAUGUUGGAGCAAGAAGUUAUAGUUCAAGCAUUGGUAGUUGGUUCAACAAACAGUAUCCAAAACAGAACAAGAAAUUCGAGGUAUACGCGAUUGAAGCUGAUAGGGAAUUUCACGACGAGUAUAGGAAAAAGGGUGUUAAUCUUUUGCCAUACGCAGCUUGGUUGAGGAACGAGACGUUGUUUUUCGAGAUAAGUAGAGAGCCGAGUAGGAAGAAGAACGUGGAGAAGGGUCGAGGGAUGGGGAGAGUACAAUCAGCACAAUCGUCGUUAAAUUUCGUGGGAGAUUUGGAUAAGAUUAAGGGGUUUGAUUUUGCAUUAUGGUUGAUGAGUUUGGCUGAAGAAAGGGAUUAUUUGGUUGUGAAAAUGGAUGUUGAGGGGACUGAGUUUCAUUUGAUACCAAGGUUGAUUGAGACUGGUGCAAUAUGUUUGAUUGAUGAGUUGUUUCUUGAAUGUCAUUAUAAUAGAUGGCAAAGAUGUUGCCCUGGUAAUAGGAGUCCAAAAUAUGACAAGACAUAUGCACAGUGUUUGGAGCUGUUUUCUUCUCUUAGAGAGAGAGGUGUUCUAGUUCAUCAAUGGUGGUGA